AUGAAUUUAAUAAAUUUAAAUUCUUUGAUCUUACAUCCUCCCCAGAAAGGUAGUAAAAUCGCGAAGAUGGGAGACAAUGGAGAAUUGGCUUCAACAAUCAAGUGGCCGAAGAUCAAACUCAAACCGAAUCUCAGUGUUUCUUAUCUGAAGAAUCUUGAUCUCUUCACCGUGGAGAACUGUCUAACUUCAGAUGAAUCAAAGGGCUUUGUGAAAAUCGCAGAGUCUCUCGGUUUCACUCACCAAGGAAGUCGUGGCCCAGCUUAUGGUGAAGCUUAUAGAGAUAACCAUCGAAUCUCAGUGAACGAUCCUGUUCUUGCUAAUACAUUAUGGCAAUCAGGGAUUUCGAAUCUAUUUACUGAUAUCAAGAUUAGGAGGAAAGUUGCUGUUGGGUUGAAUCCAAACAUUCGAUUUUACAGGUAUAGUGCUGGUCAGCAUUUUGGUCGUCACAUUGAUGAAAGUGUUGAUCUUGAAGAUGGGAACCGGACUUAUUACACAUUGUUGAUAUAUCUAAGCGGGAACAGCACGAAAUCUAAAUCCAAGAGCAAUUCAAGCAAGAGUAAUGAUUCUUCUACUUCAGAUGAGCCUUUAGUAGGUGGAGAAACUGUGUUUUAUGGUUCAAGGAACAGUAUUGUAGCUGAGGUAGCUCCAAUGGAAGGUAUGGCUCUGUUUCACAUCCAUGGAGACAAGUGCAUGUUGCACGAAGGGAGAAAUGUCACCAAGGGAGUCAAGUAUGUGUUCCGUUCUGAUGUUGUUUUUGCAUGA